AUGUCGCAACGCAAAGAGAAAUCUCGAGAUAAGCCUGGACGUGGUCAAGGAGGUCAAGGUCGCGAUGUCCAAGUCUCUAAGGCACUUAGCUGGCUUUUGCGGCAUGGUGCUGAGAAGGAAAGGCUGAAAAUGAAUGAGCAAGGCUACGCAAAUGUAAAAGACGUGAUGGCAUCUAAUAGACUCAGAUCAGUGAAGGUCACUUUCCCCGAGAUCCUGCAUGCCGUCGAAUCGUCAGAUAAAAAGCGCUUCGCCUUACUCCACAUUCCAUCCGCGCAACCCGUUCAAUCUACAACCCAAGCGACAACAACACCAUCGAUAGUACCGAACGCAGAGCCUGAGGCCACCAAAAUUGUGGGCGAAGACCAGCCCGCGGCAUCAACCCUGGAAUCUGCACCCGCCACGAGCGAGAAUCAGCAGACAGCCACCGAUCAAGCGCUAUCCGUGAAAGACACGGACCCCUCAAACUUCCUCAUUCGCGCGACGCAAGGACACAGCAUCAAGACUGUGGACGCUGCAUCCUUCCUCGAGCCGCUGUCUUUGUCCAACGAAUCAAAAUUGCCCGAUACUGUGGUCCACGGCACAUUCCACUCGACCUGGCCUUUGAUUCUACAAUCCGGAGGACUACGCUGCAUGGGGCGCAACCACAUUCACUUCGCAACUGGUCCAUCAUUAGAGUCUGUUCUUGCUGUUCAUGGCAAAGAUGUCGCGCAAGAAAACUCCAAGUCCGACGAAUCCCGCGUCAUUUCGGGUAUGCGACGUGAUGCACAGGUUCUGAUCUAUAUUGAUGUCCGCAAAGCGCUAGCCGCGGGUAUCCCGUUCUGGCGUAGUGAGAACGGAGUCAUUCUCAGUGAGGGUAUAUCUGUUGCUAAGGAUGGGGAAGAUAAGAAGGGCGAGGAACAGAAGUUUGUGUCUCUAGAUUUCUUUGACGUUGUAGUAGAGCGCAAGGUAGGUCUGGGCAAGCUCUGGGAGCGCGGUGAAGUCCUCCAAGACCUUCCUGCAACUCUCACGAAUAAGGGCAAUCCCAAGGCAAGACGGUGA